UUCAAGGAACACUCAAUGUGAACCCUAUAUAAACUAAUCGCCAGGUAACCCCAAAGAAACCCUAAUCAUCAAUCAAAGCCGCCUUUCUUCUCCGGCCAUCGCUCCAGAACCCCGCCGCGAACCCUAGAAGCCAUGGGGAAGGUGCACGGAUCUUUAGCUCGCGCUGGUAAGGUGCGAGGCCAGACUCCCAAGGUCGCCAAGCAAGACAAGAAGAAGAAGCCCCGCGGCCGCGCUCACAAGCGAAUGCAGUACAACCGCCGCUUCGUCACCGCUGUUGUUGGAUUCGGGAAGAAGAGGGGGCCAAACUCAUCUGAGAAGUAAUUGCGGUAUUAGUUUUUCUAGUUUGAAGAAGUAAAAUUAGGGUUUUUGUUUGAGUUGAUGGGAACUUGCAUGUUACUACGGGCUGCUGGACUGUGAUUGUGCCCUUUUUAUUGUUUACUUGUUUUUAGGGCAAAGUUUUGAGUUUAUUAUAAAAAAUUCCUUUGUUUUUGUGAUCUGUUUGUUAUCUUUUAUC